AUGGUGAAAGAGACUAAAUUAUAUGAUUUAUUAGGUGUGUCACCUUCUGCUGGUGAUGCUGAAAUAAAGAAAGGAUACCGUAAAGCGGCUUUGAAAUAUCAUCCUGAUAAACCUACGGGUGAUACAGAGAAAUUUAAGGAAAUUUCUGAAGCUUUUGAGAUUUUAAGUGACACUAAGAAAAGAGAAAUUUAUGAUACCUAUGGCUUAGAGGCAGCAAGGGGUAACGCCCCUGGUGCUGGGUUCGGAAAUGGUGGAAGUUCUGGUGGAUUUGGAGGAUUUGGCGGUGGGAACUCAUUUUCCCAAGAAGACGCAUUUCAUAUCUUUUCACAAUUCUUUGGAGGUAGUAGUGGCGGUGCUGGAUCGCCAUUUGGAUUUUCUACUGCUGGUACUGGUGAUGAUUUUGGCUUUGGUAGUGGUUUCCCAGGAGGAGCUAGCUUCCACGCGUCUACUGGAGGAAUUCCCGGUGCCUUUUCAGGGAUGUCAGGAGGAUCUGGUAUGCAUUCUCAUUCUUCUCCUCAGCAUGACGAAAAGGUUGUACAAGUUAAUCUACCGGUCAGUUUGGAAGAUUUAUUUGUUGGGAGAAAAAAGUCCUUUAAAAUCACUAGGAAAGGCCCAGGCGAUAUCUCUGAAAAGAAGCAAAUUGAUAUUCAAUUGAGACCUGGUUGGAAAGCUGGUACAAAAAUUACUUAUAAGAAUGAGGGUGACUAUAAUCCUGCAACAGGUGGAAGACAAACCUUGCAAUUUAUCAUUCAAGAGAAGCCGCAUGAAUAUUUCAAGAGAGAUGGUAAUGAUUUGGAGUAUACUUUACCGUUGACAUUCAAGGAAUCUCUUCUUGGCUUCUCCUCGAAGGUAAAGACCAUAGAUGGCAGACAAAUUCAUCUAAGCAAGAGUCAGCCCGUGCAACCCAGUGAAAAAUCUAGAUAUCCGGGGCAGGGAAUGCCAUUGUCGAAGAAUCCUAACGAAAGAGGUGAUUUGAUUGUCUCUUACAAGAUAGAUUACCCAAUAUAUUUGAACGAGGCACAAAAACAGGCUAUUGCGGCGAAUUUCUAA